GGGGAACAGAAAACAGUGAAACUGCAAGACUGAAGAGAAGCCGAGAGCCGGUAGGAACAGUGAGAGAUUAUGUCAGUGGACAGAAAGGUAAUUCACGAGGUCAAGCUGAAAGAGUAAAAGAUGCCUUCAAAGAAAGCAAAAGAACCUAAACCAGCUAAGGAACCACAAGCAAUCCCCAAAGCCUGGGAGCCAGCACUGCUGGCAGCUCCGAUUGAAGAGGUCCACUGGAGGCCAGCUAUCUAUUUUACAGUUGGUGAGAAGAUAGAGAAUGAGUUAUUCUUGGAUGCUUUGGCUGCAGCCAUCAAUGUGCCACUGCGUAAGCUCUUCAGUAUCAUUUCUUGGGAAGGAACAAUGAAGCAGGUUGUUGAAUUUGGAAAUCCAAAGGGGAAGAGACCAAGUGACCUUCCCAUGUUUUAUGAGGUCACAGAAGUAGCAUGGGAAAUGCUUUCUAAAGGGGAAGAGCUUUCAUUGCUCCUGCUCUGUGAAAUUGUGAAAUUCCAGAUCCUGUGCAUCAAACAGAAAGACCUUCAAAAAAAAGGAUAUGAUACCAAAGUCAUAAUGGAAGAGGAACCAAUAGCAGCAAGUGCCAACAAGAAGAAAGCAGACAAAAAGACACCAUCCAAAGGAAAAGGCAAAACAGAAAGAAAAUCUCCAGAACCACCGGUUAGCAGAAGGAAUACCAAGCUAUUAAAGCGAGGUGAAGUGGAAGUUAUAGACAGGUGCAUAAACGAUGAACCUGAUGAUGGUCCUCAACGUUACAUCAUAAUCCAAGGUUUCCAAAACCUUCAGUUUCUACUUAUGUUGGGAGAACUAGGAAUUGAUAUUUCUGCUGUAAUAAUGAUCAGUUAUGAAAAGGAUGAGAGUUUCCUAAAACAGGAAGUUACUGAAUCUGAAAAGGAGCCCUCUGAGUCACCUGAAGCUACAGAUGUUGAAGAGGAGAACCAACAAAAAGAGGAAGCUGACAAGGGCCUGGAGAAGUUUUGGAAGUACCUUGAGCCUGUUCUCAAUAGUGGAAAACCUGGAUCCAAACUAUUUGAUAUAGCAAGACUCCAGUAUACAGUGAAGGAAGCCAUAUUACCACAAGACUGGGACAAUUAUGACAUGAAGCUGGAGUUUGGUGCAUUAAUAUUUGAAGAUAUUGCCAGCAUAAUUUACGAUUGUGAAGACUGGAAACGACAGCAUCGCAAUUAUCUGCAAAAUAUUAAGCUGAUUACAGUGCCAGGAGUUUCAAAGAGUGAUGACGUAAAGUAUCAAUCAGUCAGUAAAUUGAUCAUUUUGGUGAUCUCAUUGGCACACGCAGUUUCAACCCCACUUGAUAGGAAUAGAUCAGCUACGGCAGAAUUAGCAAUACCUACAGAAAAAGGUACUUCUGCACUGAUUGAUAUGCGAUUUUAUAAUGAUCUGAUGAGCCUUGUGCCGCUGGAAUGCCUGUCUGUGCCUUUAAUAUUAUACUGUAUACUGGAGCAGGUUAUUGCAACAGAAGAAAGUCUAACUCCUCCAAGUGAAAGUAUUCCAGUACCACGACAAGAUGGACUGGACCAGAUUCUGGUAGAUUACAUGAUAUCCACUGUGCUUGGCCUUGCAAUGUCCGAAGAGGAGAAACAGAAAAUAAUUGAGGAGUUUAAGGAACCUUCGCAGAAGCAAAUAUCUAAUUCAUCCAGGCGUACAUCAUUCCAAGAAAACUUUACAGACCAGAUUUUUUCAGAUGAAGAAGUUUCUUGCCAAAUUUCAAAAAAUCCAGAACCACAAGAGGAUGUACAGAAACCUGUACUCGAGAAAGAACAACAGAUAUUAAUUGAAGAGUUAAACAAAACUGAACAAAAGGGAUCACAUGAUGAGCCUAAACAGCCUUUGCUUCUUAAUCUCCAUGAUGCAUUGACGUGGCGGACACAUCACCUGAAGACACUGCAAGGCUUUGACCCUGGCAAGGUUGAACAGGAAAUGAUGAAAAAACUGCCUUUAGAAAAGCUCCUUAAUUUUACUCGUCCUUCACCUGAGGUUGAUGCUAGACGUUUGGCCAGUAUCCAAGAGCUUAUGUACCAUUGCACCAAUGAAAAUAUGACACGUGAUGAGGUGGAGAAAGCCUUCAAGCAGUUUGUAUUUGAGAGUAUAAAGCUAACGACAGUAAAAGAGAAUGGAGAAUUAGAAAAGAAAAAAGACAUGUUGGCCGAAAGUCUUGAAGCAUCAUAUAUACCAUGGGAUGACCCUGUUGCAUUUACGAAUGAGAUGAAACAGCUUAUUACUGUCAAGAAGACACGGAAACAAAGCAAUUCUGCUUUUGCAGAGAAUAUAUUCACUAAAAUUUCAAAUGGGGAAGAAAGUUACCCUUUUGGAUUUGAUAGUAACAAGUCAAAAACCAACAGCAUGGCAGGAGAAAACAGCAUAGAGCCAUUCUGUGCAGUGCACUUUAAAGAUACUUCUGAAAUGAUUGACAAGAAAAACAGAAAAGGUAGUUCAACAGAUGCUGAUGAUGAAAAGAAUAACGCUUAUGACAUAAACAUUGAUAUAAAAUAUAUACAAAAGUCACAGCUUCGAUCUCUGAUGGAAUGGAAUUUUGCUGAGCAGCAUGAUCCAUUUGUUUUGCUACAGGUUCUUCAGGAAGCUGUUCCAUUUUAUAGGUGUUUGGAUACGUACUACUACAAACAGGACAACUCUGUACUAUUGGUCCUGCAUAACCCCAUGAAUAAACAGUGCCAGUGUAAUGAAUCCUGGGAAACUGCCCUUCACUCCAAUGUUGGGUUCAGAAAUUACCUGGAACAUGUUGCCUACACAAUUUCAGACUGGAUAGAUGUAGAGGAAGUUAAAUACCAAGCUGAACUGGCAGCAAAAGAGCUGGAGACUGUGAAAUUGCCCAAGCUUCCAUCUGAUGUGUUUCCAGAAUCUAUAUCAUCUGGUUCUGACAAACAGAGAAAGGGAAAGCCCUCUGCAAAUAAAUCACGCAUGAGUAUUUCAAGGCGACCAACUAAAUCAGAAACUGAGGAAGAAGAUGAGAAAAUUAAUGGAUCUUUCAUGCGAGAAGGAUCACUUAAAGCUUGGAAGAAAGACCAGGAUAAGAUGAAAGAGGAGGAACAAAGGAAGCAAGAUAAAAAAGUCAAAAAAGACAGACCAAUUAGCAAAAAGAAGGAAGAAGCUGUUCACCAAUCCGACUCCAAAUCAAGUAGGCUAUCAAAGAGGCCAACAAAACAGGACAGUCAAAUCAUCAAAGAGAAUCAAGAAAGUAUUUCAGAGGCUGAACCAGAAGUUCAGGAAACAGCAGAGCAAACUGAGAAAUUCUACCAGUUUACUGGCUACAAUUUUGGAAAUGAUUUAAUUCGUGUAUCUGGUGAAGUCAAGUCUCUAUUCCCAGCUGAUGGAGGGCACAUUCAAGUGAAAAUCAUACAGUUUUUGCAUGGUUCUACAAUUAUUCAGGUCUGUGUAAUGAAGGACAAGCAUCGAUUCUUGACCUAUAUCAGAGAUCCGAUAAAAUACUUGGAUCACAGCGAAGAAGUUUCAUCAGAAAAAGAUUGUGAAAAGUCUGACACAGAGGAAGAAAAAGCACAAGUCUCCAUCAGCAAGUGUAGAUCUUUCUCCGCUGUCCUUGAUGAUGGAAUAACUAUAACACUCAGCAAAUAUCCUCUUACAAAAGAACAAAAAAAAGAUCAGCAAGAUCCAGUACUAGUUGAUAUUUUAAAAAUCCCAUCCAUCCAUGUCGUUACACAAGUUCCUGUUACCAGUCCACCACUUACUGGUAAAUCAGAGAAGUCUGCCAAAAACAAAAACUCUCAUUCAGCAAAGGGCAAACCAAAGAAGGAAUUUGGCUCAGUUCAUGCACUAGAGGAACCAGAGCAGCUAAAAGAAGAACAGAAGGUGGAAAUUGAGGAGUCUGAACCAACAGCUCCUUCAGAAGAUGUUCCAGAGCAUUCAGCAUUUCUGAGUCUGAACGCAUGUUCUCCAGAUGGACUGCUGAUCACGUUCUUCACUGAGGAUUCUAUAGGUAUAAAAAAUGAAGAUAUACCUGAAGAUAGGAUUUUGCUGCGCCAGAGUUAUCCUAUUAAAACUCAUGGCUCCCAACCCUGUGAGGCAGCGCGGAAAUGGCCUGCCAUGCAGGAAGCAUCAAGAGUUAUUACACUCCAGGGAACUGUGGUAAAAUACAUGAUGGAUGGAUCCUCUGAGAUUCUGUUUGCCGAUGGAACUGUGAGCAGAAGCCCAGAUUCCGGACCUAUUUCUACUCCCCCAUCAAAUAUAGCAGCAAACAACCAGCCUAAUCUUGUUGAUGAAGAAUCAAAGCAUGAAAAGGAUCUAAAAAAAUCAAGCAGCGAGGGAGUGAAUAUGAAAGGAAAGCAUAAUCAUGGAGGAAAUUCCAUUUCAACUAUUAGUGAACAACCAAUAAUUCAGACACAACCAUCAAACAUUGUACCUGGUACUUGGAUAACUACAACACCAAUAGGUUUAACUAUAGGAACAAAAGGCACAGAAAAGUUGGAUAUAAAACCUAUCUUAGUCUACAAAGCCACAGAUCCAGGAACUGGAGAAAUAAUGAUUACAAGACAAGAUAAGGUAGUAACUGUCUUUGGGAGUGACAGUACUAUAGUGGAACAUGCUGAUGGAACUAGGAUUACAACCCUUUUUGGGGAUAUCACAAAAACAGAUUAUGCAUUGCAAGAUGAAACUGAAGAAAUUCCACAUGAUAAGACUAGGCACAUUAAAUACAUAAAAGUGGAAUGCGUGGGGUUUGCCACUGUGUUAAUGAACUGGGAAGAUUACACAUGCUGUGCAGUGUUUGGAAAUGGUACAGCAAUUAUCGCCAAUCCAGAGGGGAUGUACCAGAUUUUCCCAGCAAGUUGUGGAUGUCUUUCAGUUGAUCAGGAUGGCAGUGCCUUGUACACAUCAAAAGCAAAUAAUGAUGUCAUAACACACGGUACUAUCAGCAACAUGGAGCUGCAGCCUGAUGCAUAUUUUAUGAAAAGUACUUCCCCGGUCAUUUUUGAAGUCUUGGAUCCUGAAGGAAAUCAUUUCCAGGUAAUGGUAAAUGGUAAUACUUCUACUUUGACUCAUGAUGGCAAUCAGGAAAGAGAAGAAGAAGAUGCUUUACUCCAAGGAUUCAUGAUUGAACCUGAAGUUUAUAAAAAACAUGCCCCAAGGUUUUUUAUUCUGCAUACUGAUGGCUCAGGGACUGAACUGCUUCGAUCUAGUGAUGUGGAAGAACACUUAUAUCAUGCAUACUUUUGUCCAACUACUGCCGUUCUAAAGGAACAGCUACCAGAAUUCCCAGGUGUAUUUGGUAUCACUUUUCUCCAGCCAUCCACUGAAGACAUUGGAUCACGCUGGUUAAUUAAAAAGGACGUAGCCAACAUUAUCCCCCAUAAUCUUCGAUCAAGACAAUGGGACACAUUUCCUCAAGUAGAGUGCAAGAUCCCAGGACCACCUGUUGGCAUGCACCCUUUCACUCUACAAACUGAGAUUGUGGAUCCUUCAUCUCCUCCUAUCUUAAAGUGUCCCUCUGUUCUUGAAGUCCGUCAGCUGUUUCAAUAUGAACCUAUAAAUACAGAAAUACGGCAAAGAUUGCAGAAUUGUCUUAAGAAGUACAUUGAACUCACUCUGCAAAAGGAGGAAGAGAGAAGUGAAAUGGCACUUAAAGAGCCACGGAAUGAAAAAGAGCUUGAGCGUGCUGCUGAUCUCCUCAAACUGGUUCUGUCCUCCUCUGAUGAAGAAGUGUGUCAAACUGAAGAGAAAGAAUCAAACAAAGUUGAUGUGGCUUCAAUUUACGAGGAUGCUGUGAGGUCCACUAUGAAGAGCACACCAGAGACAGAAACCUGUGAUUGGACUAAAAUCAACUUGGAAAGCAAUAAAGAGCGGAAGCAGACAUCUCAGUGGCCACAAAAAUUAGAAAAAUACAGGCAAGAGCUUGAUGAAGUAAAAGGAACCAAACUAGCCCUUAAGAACAUGAUUGUCCCAUCAUACUUUCAGUCUGAUAUGAACAAAGCCUUGGACUCAGCUCAGGGGCUUGAUACGGACGAUUUAUCAGAGUCAUUUCAAAUUAAUCAGAAGAUAAAGGUUCCAGAGGUAUUUAAGGAUUUAUUUUCAGCUUCACCUGAUACAGAUGCAGAUAUUAGUAACCAAUCAACAUAUCCAAUGCCAGUUCACACAAGGACAGACACAGACAAAAGAUCAGAUAACUCAACACAGCAUGUAAUUUCUCCUUCUCAAUAUGCCAUAGAAGAUGUUAGCAAUAGACCAAUAUAUCCAAUGCCAUUUCACGGAACAGAAACAGAUACAUGCAACCUCCAAAAUUCAAACAAUGCAAUCCAACAGGCAGUAAUCUCUCAGUGUCAGCAUUCCCCUCCAGAUACUUGUUCCAGGCUCCUUAAUCAAACCUCUACUUGUGAAACAGAGGCAAAGGCAACUUGUCCAUUGAGACUCAAUGUUCAACAGCCACAGACAAUGACACCUUCAUGUCAUUCUGCUCCAACACAUUGCCUUACACGAAGAGCUGAUGAGCAACCAUCUGAGAAGAUAUACAACUGUUGUUUCUUGCACAAACCGCUUUCUAUUCCUGCAGAUGUCUUGAAAGACAUUGCCUCAAAAAAUGGAGUGAUGGAAUACAGACCUGAAGAGCUACCAGCUGAUGGAAAUAACAUCAUCUUCAACAAAAGCCUGAUAAUUGAUGCUGCUAACCAGCCAAGGAGAGAGAAAAUAAAACUCCCAGCAGCCAUUUUAAGCUCAAAACCAGGUUCACAACCUAAUCAAAGGUUUACUGUUAUUGAAGAUCCAGUUAGAAGAAAAGUCAAUACAGUAUCAAUUGCUGGCCCCAUAGCAGGUGGUAUGUUAACAAAACCAAUUCGAGGCUUCGAACUUUUUCCAAGAAAGGUGAACUUUGGUGUCCUUCAAGAGGGUUUUACCUAUGCGUACACUGUCGAGCUGAAGAAUGUUGGAAUAGACACAUGCAGAUUUCGAGUGAAGCAGCCUCCACCCAGCACUGGACUCAGAGUAUGUUUUAAACCAGGACCUGUGGCAGCAGGGUUGGCAACUGAAUUGGAAAUUGAGCUUUAUGCCAUAGCAAUUGGUUUGGAAAGUACUGAAGGAGCAGGGCACGUUUGUCAUCACCUAGAAAUCGACAACGAAGCAGAAGAAUUGUUCCUUCCCAUUAUCGCAACAGUUUUAACAGAAAGUAUUUACAAGAACAGACCAAAGGACUUCCCACAAGGUGGAAAAGCUGCAGGAGUGCGACUGAUCAGCACUGAUCCUACCUCCCGCAUGGACAUCAUAAGGCCUCGCAAACCUCCAGCAAAAGGCUCAGUCAAUACCUUCCUCUUGUGUGGAUCUUAGAGCUCCAAUUUAUCAUGAAAC